AAUGCAAUACCAACAAUAUUUGAUCUUACCAGUCAUUUGAACUAUCCACAUAGUAGACACAGAAAACGAAUAAAAGAAUUGAGUGAAGAUGAAACCAGGACACUGAAACAGAAAAAAAAUCGAUGAAACUUCUUAACAGGAACCAAAACAUAAAGAAAUAAACAGCAACGCUCAGAAUCUUAGUGCAGAAGAAGGGGGUGAGGAACAGGAUGAAGAUAUUUUACCUUUAACCCUUGAAGAGAAAGAAAACAAAGAAUACUUAAAAUCUCUAUUUGAAAUUUUGAUUCUUAUGGGAAAACAAAACAUACCUCUGGAUGGGCAUGAAACUGAUGAAAUCCCAGAGGGUCUCUUUACUCCUGAUAACUUUGAAGCGCUGCUGAAGUGCCGGAUAAAUUCUGGUGAAGAGGUUCUGACAAAGCGCUUUGAGACAACAGCAGUUAACACAUUGUUCUGCUGGAAAACACAGCAGAAACAGAUGAUAGAGAUCUGUGAGAGCUGCAUUUGGGAAGAAACUCUCAGGGAAGUGAGAGACGCGCACUUCUUUUCCAUCAUCACUGAUGACGUAGUGGACAUAGCAGGAGAAGAACACUUGCCUGUGUUGGUGAGGUUUGUUGAUGAAUCUCAUAACCUGAGAGAGGAAUUUGUGGGCUUCUUGCCUUGUGAAGCUGAUGCAGAAAUUUUGGCUGUGAAAUUUCACACUACCAUAACUGAGAAGUGGGGGGUUAAACAUGGAGUAUUGUCGUGGCCAGGCUUACAUUGUGUCCAGUGGAUUUUCUUCCAAAAUGAAAGUUGUUGCUUCUAGACUUUCAGAGAAAUAUCCCCAAGCUGUCUACACACUUUGCUCAUCUUGUGCCUUAAAUAUGUGGCUGGCAAAAUCAGUGCCUGUUGUGGGAGUGUCUGUUGCGUUAGGAACAAUUGAGGAAGUUUGUUCUUUGUUCCAUCGAUCCUCACAACUGCUUUUGGAGCUUGACAAUGUAA